GUACGCGCGCGAAAAACUUAACUACAGAUUCAGUGGUUUUGUAGCACUUGAUACUUAAAGUACCAUUAUUACAAUUACUCUCGUUUCGAUCGCGCGGCGCGCAACACACAUCGCAAAUUGACUCAGUAAUCUGCAUCACAUUUUCGCCGAUCGAAUUUUGAAUUCAAUUUGAAUUCGUUACAGAAAAAUAGAUUUAAAAUCAGAAGAACAAGAACAAUCUCGACGAGCUAAAUAGUUAUUUUGCAAGAAUUCAUCUGUUUUGUGUUUAACGCCAUAUUUUAAAAAUAUUCUUAGUGAACAGUUCAAUUCUAAACAGUUCCCAAAUAUUUUAUCAAAAACCGUUAAACAUCGAAAGUGUUCCAUUUAAACUGUUUUCGACCAGCUCGAACAGUUCACAAGUGCAAAGUCGACAAGACAAAAGACAUCAAUAAGUCAAUAAGCAACGAACCGGCUUCUAACAUUGAAUUCGUUCCGAAAUUUCAUGUGGAGCCUAACGAACUCGCAAGUGAAUAAUUGUGACAAUAGUUCUUUUUUGGGAAUUUCUUGAAUCGAAAAGAUCACCAAGUGUGUGUCGCAUCGAAUUGUGUGCCGUGACAAUUAAUUGAAAUACGAUAACCUUUAUUUGAUUUAUUGCAUUGAUAUUUCGAUCCUUCGUCCAGACGUUAUUUCAAUAAAAGCAUGAACUAAAUUACACAUCUACGCCACCAGCGACUCAUCAAUUUUAUCAAAACCGGAUAAAAUAAAAACGGCGUGCAAGACUAAUGAAACACAAAGGAAAAUGAUGUACAGCAUUUAAAAGACAACAAGCAUCGCAAAAAAAGGUGGAACAAUCAACGGGAAUUAAAGGCGAAAGAAAAUUAAUUGCAUUUAAAUUACAUAUGUUAAAUGUCGUUCGUUUGGUUCAUUUGGUGAAACCACAAGAAGAUCUUCGGCUCGCGAUCGAGACGAGACAAGAAAAAACAAACCGAAACAUUUUGAAUUAACAAUAAAACUUGUGAAAUAAAUUCGUUUUGACCAGUGUGCAUCGUGCGGGUCUCGUCGAUUUGAUCAUCUUAAUCGAAACCUGAUAAAUUUUAUUGUAAAACCAAAACUGUGCGGUAUAUUACGAACAGCCGAAACGUUAUUUCCGAGUUCUCGCGAUUUUUUUACGACUCUGGAGAAAGAAAAACUUCAUAUAUGUCGUUGACGAACUAACUGAAACAUUAAAGACUAUAAAAGUGUAAUAUCAGACACGAAACCUUUUUGUGCGAAUUUUUUUUUCUUUCUUUUUUGCAUUUAUUCAAUUUUUCGACAUUCACAUCGGCGGCUGACUGGCCAUCCGUCCAUCCAUUGUGAGUCAUUUGUUGCGUUGGUCAGAGAUCACCAUAUCGUCUCGUGUGAACACAUCUUCGUCAUUAUCAUUAUAUAUUGUGUGUUCAUUUCAAGCGCAUUACCUUCGGCUUAGUGAAAAACCGUUUGCGCGAAAAUACACACAGCAAAAAUCCAACAAACGUGAAAACAUUUUUUUUUCAUCUGUCGGGUUGAUUUGUUUGUUUUUUUUUUGUACACUGUUAUAUUUUAAUUGUUUAUGUGAUCUUGUAAAAAUUGGACACAUCUUUUGCUCUUUUUUUUUUUAAAUAAUUAAUUGCCUUUCAACGAUAAAAUGGUCAUACUCAUGGAAAAUAUGUGUGUGUAAUCGGAGCUGAGUGUCGGACCGCAUGAUGACUGUAAAGAUCUAAAAGGAAACAAGGUCGUACAUUGAAAAAGAGAGAAAAAAUAUAUUAUUUUAAGCAGAAAAAUAAAAACAGUGUAAGAGAAGAAAAAAAAACACUGAAAUUAAAACAUCACUUGAAAUUUAUGUGCUCCAACACUGGACCGAACGCUGAUAUUAUAAUUAAAUGAUUAUUGUGGCGCGUUGUCGUAGGUUGUGUUCAUUGCUCUUUUAUUGUUUUUCUUCGGUUUGUUUUGUGUGAUUCUUUUUUUUUGCUUUCUGUCGACGUGAAGAAAAAGAAACGAAGAAUUGGGUCUCUUCAUGCAGCGCAAAUUUACGACCUCAGUGUGUGCAUCGAACGAUCGUCUUCCAAGCACGAACGAAAAAAAAAAACAACAUCAAGACAUUCAUGUUAACCAAGCUGGCGAUAUUUGUACAGCGGUUUGAUCAUAGAGACGCAUAAUCUCAAAUGUCACAAAUGGGCUAAGAUCGUUUUGUAUGCAUGAAUAAUUGACCUUUUGUCAACACACAAAUUAAAAGCCAUUCUAAAAUUACAAGUGACUCCAAAAAUACAGCGAAAAAAAGCCAACAACAACACCGAAGUUCGAGGCGCGAGAGACGGAAGAAAUAAAGACAAAGUCAACAAUUAAAAUGCACAUUAAUAACCCGGAGGAAAGAAAAAAAAAUAAGCGACUGCGACCACAAAGACGCAUCGAAACACUAAACUUUUAAUUUGCAUAUAAAAGUGUUUUAUUUUCUCUUUCAAAUCAACCGUUUUUCGUUUAAUUCACGAAAAAUUAUAAUUUAAAUUGACAUUUUUUGUGCGUUGCAUUUUUUUUCUCGCCGCGAUACUUGUGUAAUUCAUCAAGUGUGAAGACAUUAAAGAAAAUAAAAGAGCCAUUUCGAAUUUGGGAAACCGAUAGGGCGGAUCCACGGGGCUCCCGAAAAGAAAAUAUACGAUAUUUUUAAUUUUCACUUGGUGGCACGACAAAUUAUAUGGGUUUUUCGUCGUCAUACAUGCGUCGAACAAUCUUAAAACCAUCAAUAAAUUUUGCGUUUUUAUGAAAGCAAUAAAUGACCACGGAAAAUAAAGUUAUAUAUACGAUAAAAGUAAUAAAUCCAUAAAUCGACAAAAAAUUUGUGCACUUUUUUCCCAUCAAUCGCUAAAUGUCAGAGCCGAUUGUGAACGGUCUAACGGAACUGCCUUUACAACCGAUCGCCAGAGCCACAACAGCAUUCUAAAAAUCAAACAUUCCUCGAAAAGAAUGCCAACGACCAAAACACACACACACCGUUUCCUGAAGAUUGAAUUUUAAAUCCAGACAAUUCAAAACGAAUACGAAGUACCAUCGCCAGUGGCCAAUAUUUAUCGGACAACAACCACGCAGCGGCGAGGCAGUAUUGUGCAACUGGAACAAAGCAUUAAACCCGUUGAUGUGUACAUUUUUUUUCUGCAUCUCUCCUGUUCGUGGUCUUACUUACAAUCGACAUCGCUGAUAAUUGAACAUUUUCACUCGGCUGGGCCCAACAAAUACUGGACGCUCAUAUUCGCAUUCAACGCAUGCCCAUUCUUACAAAGUGAAAAUUAAACGAAUUUUAAUUGAAAUAUGAUCAACGAAAUGAUAAAAAUUAAAUGAAACUUGCUGAAUAGAAGAAACAAAACGCAUUGACCAAUCAACGAGAAGCAUCAACUAGAAUUCAAGGCGUCAAAAGAAGGACUGGAGGAAGUUCAUGCUUAUAUUUAGAUGUAUAAAAAAAUGCGCGAAAAGGAUCACUCACCAAGAAAAAUGUUACCGAGUCCAAAACAGGGAUGCAUUUAUCCGAUGCUGGGCUCAACUGUCUCGCUAGGAGUGCAAAUACCAUACGAUCUGUCAACGUCGAGUCGAUCGACAACGGCAAGCCUACUGCAUUCGCUCAACAAUGAUCAACCAUUAGACUUACGUGUCGAUCAUAAAAAAUCGAACAAUGUACAAAUCGAUGACGACCAGCAAAAUCUAUCGGCAAGCGACGAUUCAUCCGAUGCCACAACCACAAUCAGUGUUGCUCCGCUUUCAAAUAUCAAUCGAUUUCUCCAUUCGAAACUAAUUAAUAACAAUGAUUUAAGUAGCAAGAACAAUAAUACGAUUCAUAUGAACAACGGAAACCAUCACAAUCAACAUGAGCUCGAUGAAGAUGACGAUGACAACAACAAUAACAGCAGGAGCAACAAUAAAAAUGCAAACGAUGCGGUGCUGUACAGUGAAAGCAACAACAGUUUGGAGUUUCGAAAGAAGAAUUUCAAUUUAAAAGAAAAUCUGCGAUCAUCAUCAACAUCAUCGUCAUCAGCAUCAUCGUAUCACUUAGCGGCAAGUAUGCCGAAUGUGUUCUCAGCUCCAGCAUUCCAUCCGGCAAUGCUUGAGGCAAUGGCCAAAGCGGUGCGUUUACCAUUUCCAUAUCGAUUACCAUACAUUCCGUCGAAUCAUCGUCAUUCACCAAACUUAGAUUUGCUACGCAUGAAACCAAAUCAAUUUUCCAGCUUGCCGCGAAUUAUGUCGCCGAACCACUUGUCAUCGCUGACAGCCAACAACUCGUCAAGUACGGCAAUUGGCGGUAAUGGAAAAUCGACAAUGAAUCACAAUAAUAAUAAUAAUAACAACAACAACAACAAUGACAGCACACCAAACGCAAACAAAAUUGGCGGAAACAAUCAAUCCACAUCAUUGACAAACAAAAACAAAGAUCGGUAUUCAUGCAAAUUCUGUGGUAAAGUGUUCCCGCGUUCGGCUAAUUUGACACGACAUCUCCGCACACACACUGGCGAACAGCCGUACAAAUGUAAAUAUUGCGAACGAUCAUUCAGCAUUUCAAGCAAUUUGCAACGGCACGUUCGCAACAUACAUAAUAAAGAGCGUCCAUUUCGUUGUGCACUAUGCGAACGUUGCUUUGGCCAACAGACCAAUUUAGAUCGGCACAUGAAGAAGCACGAGGCCGAUGCGGCAUCACUGGGGAUUGGUAUUGACGAACGACUAAGGACAUCUAGGCGAAAUGCAAUGCAUCGCGGUAUGCCGGACGAAUCGUAUUUCGAGGAAAUUCGUUCGUUCAUGGGCAAAGUGACACAGUUACCAAUUUCACUGCGAUCACAAGUCACAUCCGAUGCACACACGAAUUCAUCCUCACGAAGCUCAACGCCGUUAUCCGAACCGGGCUCAUCACCAAAACGGAUGGCAUUCAAUGGCGACGACCACGAACGAGAUGAACAAGUUAAAGUUACUUGAUUAAAACAGUGAUAUUCAACGGACACCGCAAGAGAAAUCAUAAUUAUUUUUUUUUGCUUUUUGCACGACUCAAUUUACGAUGCUCUCGAACAAAUUUCUCAACCAUAUUUGCUCAAUAAUUGCCCAAUACGGAAGACGUGAUGUUGAAUUUUUCUUUCUAAACUUUGUUUUACACAUUUAGGUCUAAUUUUGAUAUUGAAAUCAGACAUUUUUGCAAAAUGACUUAAUUUGAAUGAAAAAAUCAUAAUAAAUAUGUACUUUUAACGCCCAUCAAAUGGAGUUAUUUAUGCUGGAUCAUGCUGUAGAAGUAAAACUAUAAUUGUAAAAUAUUGCACAAAAAUUGUUUCGUCUUUUUCCUACAGCUCAGAGCUGAAUAGAGCUGCUGGUGUUUACGCGCUAAAGUACCAAUUAAUUUGUAAAGAACCUAUUAUUAUCCUCUGUUAACUUUUUUAUUUUUGGGGUAAACAAAUCAAUCCAAAACUAAAACUUCGUUACCCCUUCGUAAAUAUGAACGAAAUCGUCUUUGUACCUAUUGUUAUCUGUUUUAUGGUUGUUCUUCUUCUUGAAUCAUUUAUUUUAUUUUUCACUGUGAAAAUGACUCUCUCUCUCUCUAUCUCUCUUUUUAUUUAAGCACAACUGAAUGUUUCAAAAACAAAACGCAAAAAAUUGGAAUUCGAUUCUUUUUUUUACGUUUAGACAAAUAGAAACAAAAACAAUGUAUUGGAUUUUAUUAGUUUGUAAAUUUUGCACAUGAUUUAUUCAAUUUUUGAUUAAGUUUGCAACAUAAACCUUUUUUUCUCCAUAGUUUUAAGAGUAUUUUAUGUAAAUAAAAAGAUGAAUUUUGGUUUAAAUUGAACACGAUUGAAAGGAAACUCAAUUACAUCAUGCAUGCUUAAUGUUACCACUAUACACAUACGAUAUGCGAUUUUAUGGAUUAAGUUCAUUUCAUUUUAGAUUUUGCGCUAAUGGUUUUUUUAGUUAAUUUUAUCUACAAAAUAUCGUACUAUAUCUAAGGCAAAUUUGUAUUUCAUGAAUAAUUUCAAAUUUUACCCACUCGUUUUCAAUUUUAAUUUUAUUUUUUCUCUUCAAAUAUUGCUAUUUUAUUAAUAUAUCGAAAUUUACCAUUCUGCUAGCAGAGGCGGAAGGAAUUAGUUUUUCAUUUAGUUUUUAAUGUUAACGAAUACAAAUUUAAAUAUUCGUGUUCUUCUUUUUUAGCAUUUUAAAAUCGGAAUUUAUAAAUUUAUAUAUUUUUUUAACAUCAAAAUGAUCUUUAGACAUUUAGUGAAUAUGAAACCUUUUUUUACCUAUUUACAAGAAAUAAUGUUGAUUUGUUUAGGAGAAAAAUAAAUAUAAAUUCAAAUAUUUUAAUAAAAAUCAAUAA